GCGGGCGCGCGGACGGGCGCGUGUGGCCGGGGCCGGUUGGGGCUCGCGGGGGUCCGCGCCGCCGCCGCCUCUGCUUCCUGCCGGGCCCCGGGGGUCCCGCCCGGGGCACCGCGCACUAUGGCGAGCGAAGUGAUUGAGGACGAGAAGCGCUUCUACGCCAAGGCCAAGACCUAUUGGCAGGAAGUCCCGCCCACGGUGGACGGCAUGCUGGGGGGGUACGGCCACAUCUCAGCCAUCGACAUCAACAGCUCCAGGAAGUUCCUGCAGAAGUUCCUGAGGGAAGGCCCCAACAGGACGGGUACGUCGUGUGCCCUGGACUGCGGCGCGGGCAUCGGCAGGAUCACCAAGCGGCUCCUGCUGCCACUCUUCGAGGUGGUGGACAUGGUAGACGUGACCCAGGACUUCCUGGUGAAGGCCAAGAGCUACCUGGGCGAGGAGGGCAAGCGGGUGCGCAACUACUACUGCUGCGGCCUGCAGGACUUCAGCCCCGAGCCCGGCGCCUACGACGUCAUCUGGAUCCAGUGGGUGAUCGGCCACCUGACUGACCAGCACCUGGCCGAGUUCCUGCAGCGCUGCCGGCGUGGCUUGCGGCCCAAUGGCCUCGUAGUCAUCAAGGACAACAUGGCCCAGGAGGGCGUGAUCCUGGACGACGUGGACAGCAGUGUGUGCCGUGACCUUGAGGUGGUCCAUGGCAUCAUCCGCCGCGCGGGCCUCAAGCUGCUGGCCCAGGAGCGGCAGGAGAACCUGCCUGAGGAGAUCUACCACGUGUACAGCCUGGCCCUGAGAUGAGGCGGCCUCGCCCCCACUCAGCAUGGGAGAGGCAGGACCCAGAACCCCUGAAGCCUUGGCGCCAGGGA